GAACCCCAUCAUUUAAAACCCCAACGAGCUAUUGUCUCACUGCCCUCAAUUCAAGGUUCCUAAAACUUUAUCCACUUUUUUUCUGUGGGAGAGAAAUUAAUUAGGGGUGCAUAGAUGGGUAAUAGUUUAGGCGGCAAGAAAACGACCAAAGUCAUGAAGAUAGACGGCGAGACUUUUAAACUGAAAACUCCGGUGACGGCGGAGGAGGUCUUGCAAGACUUCCCCGGCCACGUUUUGUUAGACUCCGAAUCCGUCAAGCACUACGGUGCUCGAGCCAAACCACUUGAGGCGAGGCAGAGGUUGGAGGCGAAGCGGCUAUAUUUCGUGGUAGAGCCGGUGAAAGAGUGUCCACCGAGAAGGGUAAGAUCGGGAAUCCACGUGAGUGCCAAGGAGAGGCUUGAGAGUCUCAUGCUUGCCCGGAGAUCCUCUUCCGAUCUCUCCAUACUCAAACAAGCAGGAGGAUGGACGACGGAGGAAGAAGAAGGAGCGGUGAGGAGGGUGAAGGUGAGGAUUCCCAAGGCGGAGCUUGAAAGACUCGUCAAGGAAGGAGCCACCGAAGCCGAAGCCACCCAAAAGAUCGCUGCUCUCUUUAUGGCCAAACAGAGGCAAGAGGAGGCACAUCAGAACACGCGGGAGGACGUGCCCGCUACCACCGUCACUGCCGCCGCCACAAGAGGAGUCAAAUCCCGUCUGAAACGAGUGAGUUUCAUGGCGGAAAGAGGAGGAAGCGAGAUCACUGUAGCUUGAACCAAUAAAUAAAUAAAUAUAUAUAUAUAUAUAUAUAUAUAUAUAUAUAUAUAUAUAUAUAUAUAUAUAUUAGAGAAUAGAGAGUGCUUCCCAACGUUUCUGCAAAUGUAUGUACAUAAAAAACGCAGAAAGUUUGAGAGAAAGCUUAUUCAAUAUUCAUCCAUGUCUCCACUCUAUUAUUAUUCUCAAAAGACUUUAUUAUUAUUA